UAACGUGGAAGUGAGCGAGAGCGAGAGCGUGGCGUGCUAAUGGUAGCAGCGGCGGCUAGCUAGCGUGCUAACAGCUAACAACAAUGAGCCGUAUUUGGCGCUCUAGCGGGCAAAAGUUAGAAUUUAAAGGGAAGGACGGGGUUCGUCGCAACUUUUUGUAUUUAAUUAAAAUCUCGACAACACACGCGGAAGGUUACCGCGUUGAUAACCGUGUGUUACUUUCAGACACGCGUGUUGGACUGAGUUGAACGGAAUAGCCCGGUUUUUCUUUUGUCCACAACACUGACCAACAACUAGACUAUGUUUGGCUUUCACAAGUCAAAGAUCUACCGGAGUAACGACGGCUGCUGCAUCUGCAAAACCAAGUCCUCCAGUUCUCGGUUCACAGACAGCAGUCGGUAUGAAGAGACGUUCAGGCUCUGUUUUGGGCUGUCAGAAGAUCGCGUUGGAGACAUCUGCAAUGCCUGUGUGUUACUGGUGAAAAGGUGGAAGAAGCUACCCAAUGGCUCCAAGAAGAACUGGAACCAUGUGGUGGAUGCCAGAGCUGGACCAGGCUUCAAGGUGACGAAACCCAAGAAGAUCAAGAACAGUGAUGGAAAGAAGAAAAGCAAGCUAAAGAAGCUUCACAAGUUAAAGAGACAAACAGACUCAGAUGCCCACAGCACAACCUCCAGCGUGUCUCCUGCACAGUCCCCCAGUUACAGCAACCAGUCAGAUGAUGGCUCAGACAUCGAGUCCAAACAAAGACGUUCGACUCCCUCCAUCUUUUCUUUCUUGGACCGUUCAUACUGGAAGAGACAAAAGGUGUGCUGUGGGAUUGUCUAUAAGGGGCGGUUUGGAGAGGUGAUUAUUGACCCUCGACUCUUUAAGCCCUGCUGCAGUUCCAAAAAACAGAAGACACUGGUGUCCACGCAAGUGGCCGCACACCUACCAGACGCACUUCCUCCACAGCUCCCAGAAGACGUGAAAGAAACCUGGUGAUGGCUUUCGUUGAAUCCCCCUGUAGGGUUAUCCACGGCAUUCGCCUGGAUUUGUCUCCAGUGGCAGACCUCCAAAUUUCCACUCCUCCAAUUAUAUCUGUUAGUUAGAUGUUUCUUUUCUAUGUAAUAUUCCCUUUUUAUUCGGGUAUUUUUUAACUUUUGUAUAGAGUUGAUUUUCUUUUUUUAUAGAAAGCAAAAAGAAAAAAAAAACAUAAUGGGCAUUAGUGUUAUUUAUAGGAUGAGGAAGAAAAUUUUGUUGAGGCUCCGUUUCUGAUUUAUUUUUUGGUAAUUUUGUAUUAAGUGAUCAACGUUUUGUAAAUAUUUUGUUACCUUUUCGUACAUAUCAAGACUGUUCAAAUUUUUUUUCAGGAUUUGUUUCUAUGUUUGCAUAUGAAAGACACCAGCUAUUUCUAAUACCAGCUUUUUUUGUGUGUGUGUGUGUGUGAGUGGCUCUUCAACGCGUCGCUGCAAUGUUUUGUCUUAACUGUUUGCUCCAUAUGUGCAAAUGCGUGAGUCUGUAGGAUUUUUUAGUACACAAAUGGCUGUCGGUUACACCAGGGAUCUUUAGUACAACUGUUCUCUCGAGCUUUUAAUGUGUGUAUGGAUGAGAACGAAUAAUCUCUCGACAUUUUCACAGCUUAAGCAUGCCACAAGUUUGAAACACUCAAUGCAUGCCGUACAUUCCCCUGCCUUUUGGAAUGACAAGUGAUUUAUUUAUUUCUUUUUGUACAGCCUCCAAUGAAAUGACGAUGCAUGUUGUAAAGCAAAUGUUUUAAAAUUGAUUUUUGUAAAUACACAAUGUUUUGGCUCUUGGUAUAUCCAAACCUUUUUAGAUUACAGAAUGGCAAACCACUACUUCUGUUAAAAAAAAAAAAAUGUAUUUGCGUGUCUGAAAGGUGCUGUACUUUUACGCUAAGCCAGUUGAUAAAUUUUAGCACACUUUGACAUCUGAUUUUCUCAUACGCAUUUCUCUACAGGUGCGCAAAACUGUAGCCUCUGUUCAGAAAUAUUUGUAAACUGCAGGGAAAGCUGGAUGCCUAAUUGCUGCAUCAGUGAGCUGCAAUAUCCCUUAUCUAUUUGAUUGCUAAGGGCGUGCAGUGAUCAGAAGAUUAACGGUUACUCUACGUUUUUGCCACGAAAAUGUGUUUGUGAUUGUCAUUGCUGCAAUUUAUCUUCAGAAGCAAUUUGUCAAAGUUCAAACUAUGCAGACAUUUUGAAUGUGAGACGUGCUCUGGGGGUUCUCUGUCACUUUCGCCGAUAAAGUGUAAAGUGAUGGAUCCUUAUUCAACCAAAUUGGCUUGUUAAAAGCAUCCAUUAUUUCAGCAAUAAUUUUACACUUUGCUAAUCACAAUUCAUUAAUGUCUCAAGAUAUGUCUUAUGUAUGUCAUGUUAAAAUUAUGCUCAGAUUGUACAGUUUAACCGCGGUGCAUACUGUUUCUCAAAUUAAUACUGCAGUGACGUUUGUUGUUUUUUGUUUUGCAAUUUUGCAACCAAUCUCAAACUUCAUGAAUUGACAGGCAAUGCUCUGUAAAGUUGCUUAAUAUAUAAACUUUUCUGCGGCAGGGUAGUUAAAUGCUGAACAUGUUUUAUGAUUCUUAUUAAAAGGAGAAAUGCUGCUCCCUUUUAAGCUGGGAAAUAAGCUUGUUUUUGUACUUAGGGAGUUGCCAUAUUGUUUUUGCAAGGUACAUUUUGGGAUGUGGGAUGUGCCUUAAUGAAUUACCUGACCUUUUCAUUAUGAUUAUCAUGUAAUUUAUAUUUAUUUAUUGCAAAACUAUUUUUUCUUAACUGAAUUUUUGAUACUUGGUGUAGAGCCAUUCAGAAAGUCUGUUAUUAUUUUGUGCACUUCCUUUGAACAUGCAAUGUAACGUUAGAUCUUUUUUUUAAUGCUUUUUUUGUAUACUGUACCACAAAGUAGAUCAGUAUUGUAAUAAAAAAAAAUGAAAGAAA